CAUCAUGCCCCUUAUUUCAAUCGAUGGAAGCAAUCACCCACCAAUUGGCUCUCAGACUCAGGGAGGGCAAUUUUGGCCGAAAAAAGUUACCAAGAUAUUUUCAAGGUGGCAAUUUAGUCCGAAUAAAGUUACCUAACACAACUGCCUCCUUCUCCGCCGCCGCCACCACCACUCCAAAGCUAGCUCAGCCAAUCCACGCGUCUGCCGGAGGCGAUACCACACCCGUCUCAUCGGACCCGGACACCUUGACGGAGAUGGCUUCUCACGAUCCGGCUAUCAAAGACACUCGAAUCGCCCAGAUUUCAUCCGCCAUUCGCGUCAUCCCCGACUUCCCCAAACCCGGGAUUAUGUUUCAGGAUAUAACGACGUUGCUGCUUGAUCCCAAGGCUUUCAAGGACACUAUCGAUUUGUUUGUGGAGAGAUACCAGGACAAAAAGAUCAAUGUGGUUGCAGGUAUUGAAGCAAGAGGCUUUAUUUUUGGCCCUCCAAUAGCAUUGGCUAUAGGGGCAAAAUUUGUUCCUAUGAGGAAACCCAAGAAGUUACCUGGUGAGGUUAUCUCAGAAGAAUACUCUUUGGAGUAUGGAACAGAUGUAAUCGAGAUGCAUGUAGGUGCUGUCCAAGAUGGGGAACGCGUCCUUAUAAUAGAUGAUCUUAUUGCAACUGGGGGUACCUUGGGUGCUGCAAUCAGGCUAAUUGAGCGUGUUGGCGGCACUGUGGUUGAGUGUGCAUGUGUUAUUGAAUUGCCAGAACUGAAGGGGCGGGCGCGGUUAGGAGACAAACCACUGUUUGUUCUUGUGAGCUCAACUUGAUCAUGAAACGUAGCAUACGUGGAAUGUGGAGUUACAGUUUGACAUGUGAGCAGUGGGAAAGCAAGCAUGCUCAAGUUGGUUGGUUCCCAUUCAAGAGAGAUCUUAACAAUCUUAUCUUCUUAUAAUAACAGCAGAAAAUUGAAUCCUGGCUUUGAUCAGUUGAUUGUAAUAAGCUUUAAAGGUUGUUGUUUUAGUUGGAUUGUUGCAUAGUAUAACACGAGACAUCUUAUUUAUGUGUGAUCAUCAACUUUCCUAUUUCACUACUUACAACUUGAAUACUUCUCAUCUUCUAAUCGGAUAAAUUCUUAUUUUUAUUUU